CUCUUUCUCUUUUGGAGAGAUGGCACAAUUCGCCGAUGAAGAAACGAGAAAUUAAUGAACAAUUAUUACGAAGAUAAAUUAAAAAAAAAAUAAUCUUAUUUAAAAUUUAUUAAAAAAAACCUGAUCUUAUCCGAGACGACCAAAAAGAUGACUAUAAUCGUUCGAGUAUAACAGAUUUCUACAAUUUAAUUUCUUUUUCUUCAAUUUAUAGAAGAUAAAGAGACUCAUCAACGGAGAAAUAACCGUAUUAAUUAAAAUGACUAUUGCAAAGAAAUCUGAAUCGUAUUAAAAUUUGUCUUGCUUAAAACCAUCUUCUUACCUGAAUUAUUAAGACUCAAUUUCCUCUCUCAUUAAAAGAGAAAAUAAGAAAAAAAAAUAAAAUUUACGGACAAUUUCCUUCAAAAAUUAUUAAUUUGUAUAAGUACACUGCGGAAUUUCCUUGGGAAUUGAGAAACUGAUAUCUGAUAUUGAUAGAAUUAACUGGUCCAUGUUAACUCUCUGAAUCAAAAUAUAGAAUUAAAAAUCUGCGAAUUGAAUUAAGUGAUACGAAUCAGUGAUUGGCGUGCUACGUAUAUUUUGUGGAGCGUGACGAUACUCUGAUUGAGAAAAACAAAGUGAUUCAUCGAGGUACAAGGCCUUCUCAACAUCUUCAAACGUGAAAUUCGAGACAUUCUUCAAAUUGUCGCAAAAAGUGCAUCGAUAGAAAUAUAUUUCUCGACAAUUCUCUCUUCUCGCCGCUGGACCAAAUUAUUUGAUUCAUCCUGACAUCGCGGAAGUGACACAAAAUAUAAUUGUUUUCGCGUACUUAUGCAAAUUGUAGUGGUGAAAGUGACACGAUGACAAAAUUCAGGUGCAACGAGACCAACGAGAAGACUAACGACAAGUCAUUAAACAGGUGAAACCCGGACUGAAAUUUUGUGAGAGAUCGCGUUGCGUUUACUGCAGAUGACAUUCGUUUAUUAAUAGUUCUGCAAACAAAAAUUUCACGACGCUCCACAGUCCAAAUAGCACAGUAAUUUUGCGAACGAAUAAUAUGCGAUACAAUCAAAUAAUAUUACAAGUAAAAUUUCGGAGCAAUCAAGUGCAAAGUCUGCAAAAAUUUGAGUUUGUGGCGACGACUCUAAGGAUUAAUUCAUACCGUGAUUGAAUCGCUCCGUGAAAAACGUGUGGAGAUAUGACGUGAAAGGAACGGAUAUACGAGACAAGCUGCUUAUCUCAAUAUGAAUUUAUAUGCAGAUAUUAGUUUACAGAUUACUAUCGACGAAACUAUUGCGGCACAGGAUUCGGAUGGCAAAGCGGCUCAUGAUCCGUCGUAAAACAGCGAUACAUCGAAAAAGCAUCUACGCUGAACUUUCUACACGAAGACGAUAAAGCCGAUUUGAUUCUCCUUGCAAAACGCGAUCAAAGAUAAUUUACAGAGCGAAAUAUAUAGAUAUAAUAUCGAAAUAUAUAGAAUGAAAACGACGAAGGAUCGACGUUAUGAUACCCGGACUCUGUCGAAGAUCUUUUGACUUUGAAAGACAACGCGAACGCGAGUCUGAUAACAAAGUUAUUAAAUUUGAGGAGCGCGAAGAUACGACUAAAAGUAAAACAAGCAGAAGAAAAGGAUAAACAGAGACAGACGAAGAUCUUGGGAAAGUGAAGAUGGUAACGUGAAAAGGCGGCGGGAUCGAAGGGCAGUGUAAAACCGGGACGAAGUGGUAGAGAAUCACGGGACUGAACGAUGGAAAUGAGCUCGACGACGGCGGUCGCUUCCGGUUAUUAUAAUGUUGACGAACUUGCGCAGAACUUCAGCAAUGUCAGUAACGUUGGGCCGUCCGAGUGCAAUCAGGAGGUCAACAUCAACGCCCUGUCUGACUUCAUCGUUUACGGCAUAUUCAUCAACCUGAUCGGUCUCUUCGGGAUCUUCGGCAACGCAAUCUCGAUGAUUAUCCUGUCGCGGCCGCAAAUGAAGUCGUCUAUCAAUUAUCUACUGAUUGGACUGGCCAGGUGCGACACGGUGCUGAUUAUCAUCGCGGUAUUGAUCUACGGAUUGCCGGCGAUUAGCACGUACACUGGCCUACUUUUCGAUUAUAAAUUUAUUAUCUAUCCAAAGAUCAUCAGAUACCUGUAUCCGUUAGCUUGCAUAGCGCAAUUUGUAACUGUGUACCUGACGUUAACAGUAACAUUAGAAAGGUACAUUGCGGUCUGUCAUCCAUUGAGAGCCAGAUCUUUCUGCACUUAUGGACGAGCACAAAUGGCAGUGAUGCUCAUAGUAAUCUUCGCCUUUAUUUACAAUAUACCCAAAUUCUGGGAAAUCACAGUGUAUAACGAAAGACAUUGGAAGUAUAAUAUCACAGUAUACUGCGUCUUUCCGACCGAACUGAGAAGCAAUGAGUAUUAUGUCACCUUGUACAUCCAUUGGAUGUACUUCUUCGUGUACUACAUGCUCCCGUUUAUCGCGCUAGUGAUUUUUAACAUGGCCAUUUAUCAACGGGUCAGAAAAGCAAACAGAGAUUUGCAACAGCUAUCACGUCACCAACGCCGCGAGAUCGGCCUGGCGACGAUGCUCCUGUGCGUGGUAGUGGUGUUUUUGAUCUGCAACAUUUUACCCUUAGUUUCGAACGCGCACGAAACGUUUAUCGCGGAUCCGCCGCAUUGGAUGGUGCAAUUUGGCAACUUGCUGGUGACCAUCAACAGCAGCAUCAAUUUCAUCAUCUAUGUGAUCUUCGGGCGAAAAUUCAAGAGAAUAUUCCUUAAACUUUUCUGCUCGUCUAGGCUAUUCGUACCUGGACGGGACAGCCCAGAGUUUCAGACAUACGACGAGUCGAUCAUCACCAACACGACGAAUAUCGAGCUGAGAAAUUCGGUCAGGCAUGGUCAUCUCAAUCGCGCCAACACCAUCAGCUGGAACAACAACAUCCACGUGUCCAAUGGUAGCACCAGACAAAGCCUGAAAAGUGGUAGACCGGCAAGUCCCGGUUCCUGCGUCUAUUAUCCUAGGACUCCAGCCAGAAGUCCCAGUCAAAUGUCGAGAGUGUCGAACAGUCGUCGAAACAGCUGGAAUAAGAAGGAAAACGGCGAUUCCACAUUAUAAUAGAUAUCAUUAUUCCUCGCGUUUAUCAUCCAGUUAGCUAAAUGUUUUAAACUUUCAUUGAUCAGAGGAAAUAAGAAAUAAAAAAUAAUUGGUCAUUCUCAUGAAUAAUAAAUACGAAUAAAUUACAUUAAAAUUAAAAAGAUAUAAAGACAACUGAGCACUAUCUUUUAUAUCUGUUGCUAAAAUGAACUCAGUUUCGUGUCUUAGUUUGUCGAAAUAAAACAAAAACAAAAAAAAAAUGACAAUGCCAUGCUGUAUAGUAUAUAGUCUAUUAUAUAUAAUUGUUCGCCAUAUCUUUGAUUUAUUAUUUGAUUAAUAAUUUAGCUACAAGUCCUAUUAAAAUAUCAAAAACGUCAAAAAGAAUCAUAGCGAUGUAAUAAAUAAUCUAUUCGAUAUUUUUUUUGCGUUAUUUAUUGUUAAGAUUAUUUGGUCAAAAUUUGCAGCAAGAAAAGAUUCGAAAAAAAUAGACUAAUUGACAGACAGAUGAUGACUAUUUUACUUCAAGAUAGACAACAAUCGGGAUCUUUGUUUUAUUAUCCAAUCAAAAAUCUUAGGUGGAUAUUAAAAAAAUUUGCAAAAAAGAUAGAAUAAAAAUAAUAACUCAUUUAUCAGCGAACAGUCAGUAUAUAUAAAAAUAUAUAUAUUCCUGAAGUCGUCUUAGCAAUUUCGAUGGAACGUCCAGUUCUCAAAACGGAUAGAAUGAUAUAAAAACGAGAUGAGAAUUCCAGGGGGGGGGGAGGUGUGGUGGACAGUUGAUAUUAUUAUUCUCUCGGGAACAAUUCAGACCUCCUGCUCAUGUUUGAACGCUGUAAUCCCACAGGAUGGCACAACUUCGAUAUAAGAAAAAGGAUCGUUAAGAAUAACAGUAUCGCGCAGGAGAGCUUAGAAAAAGGACUUCUUGCAACGAUGACCUUUCAAGUGAUUCCGUAUAAGUUCCAUUGCUUAAGACUAAUCGAACUAAUCGAACGAAAGAAAAUAAUACUAUAAGUCUUGAUGUAGCGUUCUAAUAGAAUUAAAAAGACAUUUGACUGAAUUACACUAAAUAAUUAUAUUCGUGCGUAACGCUUUUACAAUUAUGAGUUUUUUUUCAAUUAGAAGCAUGUAGCGCAACAUCAACCUUUACUGGAUAAAAUAUAGAAGAUAUUUCUCUUCUUUGUAAAAAUUGGCAUUACAUAAUAAAUAAACAAAGCAAACAAUAUCAAAAUUGAAUUUUUUAAAAAAACUUUGUUGCGAAAGAGAGAGAGAAAGAGAGAAGAAAGAUCAACACAGUUCUAAAUUUUAUUUGAAUAGUAUAUUUUGUAAAUGGGGAACGGUAUCUUGACAUCUGUAAAUAAGAUAAAUGUAAGCUUUCAAGAUCGAGAAAACGAAAAACUUUCAAGAUCCAGUAUUUAACUUCAUUCAAAUAUAUUAUACAAAGAGAAGUUAAAAAGUAAUUCGCUAACACGGAUUAGCAAAGAAGUUUUGCUAUCUUUCAACUUUCAGCGAAUUGAUCGCAUACUUAGCUCUCUCGAGAAAAUAAAUCGGAUUUUGUCGAAGUUAAAAGUACAGAAGUCAAGAAUGCAACAUUUCCUUGGGAAAUUUUUAGAAAAGCUGUAGAAUGUAUCUCCUGCGUUUUCUCCUCUCGAACUAUCGCUCUUCAAAAUUUGCAUACUGAUCAGCCUCAAAAAACAUUAGUUGACAGAGAAGAGUUUCCAGUUUUUAUUAAUAUAAGAUCAAUAAAAUAGCCGCUGUUGACAUCACUUUAAAGACGCUUCAAACAUUUUUCCAGUCAUAGUAAAAUACGUCAUAAUUUUUAAUUAUAGUUUGAAACUUGAUAUAAUUUAUAGAAAAUAUAUCUUUUUCUUAAAGACUUUCUAUAACCGAUAAAUGCACAAUAAAAAAUAAAUUCACAGAAUCUAUUUUUCAGAAACUUUCAAUAUUUUUCUAAAUUUAUCUUCACGAAGCGAAAGGGCAAUAUGAUCACAUUGUAAAUAUUUCCUUUUACUUAGAAAUGUAAAUUUUUAAAGAGGAAAAGAUGAAGCAAAAUGAAAAGAAUGAAUGCACUAAAAUGCCAAAGAAAUAUAGAAAUACUGUACUAUUAUAGACAUUAUAUUAAAAAUAUAAAUGUUAGUCCUUCUAAGUUUCACAAACAUAAAAUGUAAUAUCCGCACUGAAAAAUUAACAUUCACUACACGCGAGCGGAGAUAAAUAUAUGUAUUGAAAAAAAAUUAGAUUUAUUAUAAAAAUGAGGCAUUAUAUAAAUAAGAAAAUUGUAAAUAUAGAUUUCUAUUUAUAAAUUAUUAAAUAAUAUCCAUAUGCGGACUUUAAAUAUCUUUUCCCUCCUGCUGUAAAAAUUAUUCAUUUGUAGCACUUACAUCAAUGCUUUUUAUUCAAUAAGAGAAUAUCAAUAAUAUUAACUAGUAAAACAGAGUGUCCAAAAUUGGCGUUUCUAAGUAAUCUAGUUCUUAAAUAAUUAUAAAAUAUAUUGAGAUUUAUCUUAACACGAUUUCCUGAUAUAAACAUAUUCUUAUUAAAAGAGAGGAAGGAGAAAUUAGAUUUAAGUACAGAGGGAAACAAAACGCUCUCGUAGUUAUAUGACAAAAGAGAUUCACCAUUCUAGUCAUGGAAUUUCUAUCUAGCUUGUCUAAAUAUAUAUACUCGUAUACUUAAUACAUACGUACAAUGAGACUGUAUAUACUAUGUGAAUCUAUUGUCCUCCAAAUAUGCUGUUUAUCCCACCUGACAUUCUUGUAAAUACAAUGUAGGAAUCAAGUAAUAAUGAACAAUAGCUGGGUAAAAAGCACUAAAUCGAUUACAAAAUUAGAGAGAUGAAAGAAAAAUUUGCACUACUAAAAUUUAUUCUACAAUAUUUCCUAAUUUCUGAAUAAAAAAUAUGAUUUUAAAUGUCUUCUCUCUCUCUCUCUCUCUCAUGUUAUUCUUUUUAUACAUUUAAUAUCUAAUAAAUAAAAAUUUUAAGGAAUUAUUUCCUUCUGUGUACAUAAAUUAAAAUAAAUUAUUUAUGAAUUUCAAAUUAUUUCAUUGAAUAAAAUUAUAUUAUUAUUGAAUUAGGGCUUUAUUCCAGCAAGCAUUUUUCCAUCACUGCUAAAGCAUAUCGUACAAAUUGUAUCCAUAUGUUAUCAUUAGUAAUAUCUUUAAUUUAAUGCAGCUAGAUAUUAGUUUUAUCAUCUAUGUAAAUUUUAUUUUUUCUCUACGACUCAAAUGUACUUUAAAUAAAUUUUAUUGUACAUAAAAUAAA